AUGUUGACCCAUUUCAUCCACAGUCGAGCUACAGCUCAAGCAUUCAAACAUCUAAUACGAUGCUUAGCCACUAACAAUUCACUGCAGUCGUAUUUCAAAUUGUUCCCCACGAGUUUUCCUCACGGUGGUCCACCACGAGACCCCUUCAGUAUCGACGAACGCAACUUGCGUCGAGAAUAUCGCCUUUUGCAAAGCGCCAACCACCCCGAUGUGUCUCAGGAUACGCUCAAGUCGCUGAAUAUCAACCAGGCAUUUACACAUUUGAAAAAUCCCUAUUUGAGAUUAGCGCAUGUUAUCCAGCUCUUACAUGGAGUAGACGUUACCGACGAUGCCGUUUCCAAGUCGAUGAUCCACAAGUACCAAGUUGAAAGCAUGGAGAACUCGAUGCGGUACAAGGAGUUGUUGAUGCAAGUGAUGGAGGCGCACGAGCAAUUGGAAUUGGCUGAGCUGGAACACGAGUUGGAAGGGUUGGGAGUGGAGAAUAACGAGAGGAUCGAGGAAGAAGAGCAUAAAGUCGAGAGGGAGUUACAGCGGCCUGUGGAAGAUAUCGAUUGGGAUGAGUUGAUUAUGGAUGCUAUUAGGUUGAAGUAUUGGGUGAAUAUACAGAAUGGGAUUAGGGAUUGGGAGCCUGGUAAACCUGUGCAUUUGACCCACUAA